CACCUUUUGUUUGCCUUGAUUGGACUUGACUCUGCGAGCAUCGCUUCAAGUUGGGUUGCCAGCCUGUCUUGUCGUGUUCAUCGACCUGCUUUGUUGACUUAGGGAUAUUCACGGGGAACAGCCACGGGACAGGUGAUUCAAAUCGCAGAGGUGCCUUGCCGGGCUGCUGCGUCGCAAUCCGGUGUGUGCUGAUCAGUCUCUUGGACCUACAAAUAUGGGAUGGAACAGCCUGCAACUUCUUCCAUUCCACCGCUUGGUGGCACACUCCGCUUCGGUCGAGAAUCCAGAGCCUUCACGCUAUCACACCAAGCCAGCAAUGUGGGAGCAACAGAUACUGCGGGUGGUGGAUGUGGUGUUGGAUCUCGCCUUGGACCAGCUGCGAGCCCCAACUUCAAAGCCGGACCUUCUCCGCACCGAGUCCAACGAGCAUUCUCAGCGGCAAUGCAAGGGCUGCGAUGGAGUAUGCGAGCUCCUGCGCUGGGGCGAGGUUCAGAGGAGACGAGACAGUGCCUACCAGGGCUGCUCUCCUCCCCGCAUGAUCCACAACAGCUACCUUGAACUCGACCUCUGUGCCCGUGUGUCUGGCUGCGACACUUGCCGCAUGUUUCGACGAGCCUUCCUGCUGGAGCAGAUUACCGGCCACGGCGCGGAGAGCUUGGAGCACCCGGAUAACCAAUGGCCGAUCUACGCGAUUCUGAACCUUCGCUCAUUCGGCGACAGUGCGCUGCUGUUGGCCGUCAGAUCACCAGACGACACGCCCUUUUCCGCAACCAUUCACCUGAGCCAAAAACCCAGGCCUCGGCCUCAAAACCCGACGAGACGACUCCCUGGGCUGCGUUCUGAUCUCGAACAAUUACGCCAGGUCAUCGACGAUUGCCGUCACAAUCACGGAUGCUCUUCCAGACACCGCUGGUCACACCGGAACCCCACCUGGCUUCUCAAGAUUCUGCCGGGGAAUUGCGCGCAGUUGGUUGAAGGGCCUCAGUGGCCUGUCGACUAUGUCGUGCUCAGCUACUCCUGGGGCGAUCCUGCAACGAUGCCGCCGGCCGAGUGGGCGAGGAUCAAGGGCGCCGGCACCAAGACAAUAGGCGGCCGGCCGGUCCCGGAGCGGCUUAGUCCAUUUCUGGUGUGGGAGCUGCCGGAAACAAUGCAAGAUGCCAUCAUGCUGGCUGCGUCACUUGGUUAUUCCUACAUCUGGAUCGACAAUGUCUGUAUCCCCAAGGGCACGAAUUGGGACACGGAAGCGGCUCUCAUGCACGAGGUCUACGGCAACGCUGCCUUUACGCUGGUUGCCUCCUCGAGCACCAAAGCGACGGACCCCCUGAUACACGACAGGCUCGCUUGGACGCACCGCAGCAAAGCAUGCAAGCUACGUGGACUUUGGCUUCACCACGCGCCAGUGUCUCUGGACCGAGUCCGCUUCGAGUCCCCCGUGUCGCAGCGGGCAUGGACAUUGCAAGAAGAGCGCCUCUCGCCGAGGAUUUUGUAUUGGGCUAGCCAGAGGUGGUAUUGGUCUUGCGCAGAGCGUCAGGUUGUCGAGAUGGAUGAGCUGCAGUGCACCGCUCCCGCUGCUGAUGAGCCGCCCCAAAGCUGCCCACAGCGCUUCUUGGAACUCUGCCACACCGGAGACGAAGAGCAACUCCACGAAGAGUGGCUCGAUAUUGUGGAGGCCUACACACGUCGCGAUCUCGUCGAGCCCAAAGACCGGUUCUUGGCCCUCUCCGGCCUUGCAGUACGUUUUUACAACGCCAAGGCGGCGAACGGCGGCGCGGCCAUCACCGAAGACUACCUAGCGGGUCUCUGGAAGGACAAUUUUGCCAGACACCUCGCUUGGGCGGUAACGAGGGCAGUCGAUGCCGGACCGAAUCUGCAGCACAUAGCGCCGUCGUGGUCGUGGGCUUCGCUGCCCCUCCGAGUCCGAACCCGAGCAAGAUUCCCUUUCCAGCCGUCCGACCACUUCAAAUUCAUCGCGGUCGAGCACAUCGAGACUCCUUGCACCGAUAUUCACCCCGGCGAGUCGAAGCAACCCACUGCAACACCCGAGAAUACAGCCGUCGACCUCAUCACGCGCGGUCGUGCCGUCGAGCUGCGAGGCAGAGGAGUCAAGGUUGUCGCAGUGCAGGGCCGCUUCCGCCGCUUCAUCUCCGAGGACGCGCGUGAAGUUGCGUGGGAAGCAAUCGAGCGGAGGCGAGGCGACCGGCGCAGCUUCGACUUCGGCGGCUUUCCCGGCCAGCACAUCUACGCACGCCACCGGGCCGACGGCCGCAUCCUGGCCAGGGAUGCGCACUGCGGCGAGGUCGUCGGACAACUUGAUUACAUGGCGCCGAGUAGGGGAGGCGAGGACGACAAGGAUGCGCCGCCUCGGCGUGCCCCUUACCUGCCGGAAGGUGCAGAGAAAGAGCUGGUGUGCCUCGAGCUUGGCGAGUCGGCUAUGCUCUUGCUGGUGCAGGACCGAGAAAGGGCGCAGCCAGAGUCGUACAGGCGCGUUGGCGUUGCCAUUGGUUACGGCAGUACUAGGAAAGGGUUCUUCUACGGCUGCGAGACGAAAACAAUUCAUCUUGUUUGAGGCAGGGCGUGACGUUUUGGAACGGUAAAUUUAUGGCGCAAAGGGUGGUCUACGACUCUUUCACUUGGCUUUUUCACUUGGCUUCAGGGGUUAAAUGUAUCUGGA